GCUCUUCUAUUGUACGAUCCUUGCCGAAUUCUGUAGUAGACGGAUUUGCCGCUAAUUGGCUUUGAGAAAGGAGGUGGGAGUUACGAAGCUCAUUAAUGAGAACGUCCUUUUCUUUCAGUUGAUGGGUAAGAAAAUCAAUUUUGCUGCUCAUUUGUUCCAGAAUUUCUUCGUUUCCAGCUACAACUACAUUAGCGUAUGCACCAGAUCCGUUCCUCACUUCAUAAGCCCGUUUGGCAUCGGGAUAGGACAGGACCUCUCAGACAGGGCAUGUUCGCUUGUCUGACAUCUUCCGCAGAAUUUUUCAAGUUGGCAGUUACGAUCACCAGCAAUGAUGUGUGCACCGGAGCACUUUCCGCAGACAGGAUGCUUCGAUUGGCACCUCUUACCCGUAUGCCCGAACCCCCAGCAAGUGAAGCACUGCAUCGGGGACGGGUAAUAGGGCCUGGUUCGACAGCGAAUGUAGCCGAAAUCUACAAAACUGGGCAUAAUAGUGCCGCGAACGGUGAGAAUAAUCGAAGCAGGUCUUCUUCGGACAUUGUGAUGACAUCGCGGCAACUGACAACGCACCGAGUUGUGUUUAGACUCGGGUGCUCGAUAACAGUGAUUCGGGUUCCAUCAAUCAGUUUUUUCAUUUGCAGAAUCAGCCCCACCGCCAUAAGGCACAACACAACCGAAAUCCUCAACUCUCUUCACUCUUUGACCACUUUUGCUUCUUGGUUGAUUCUUGGCCACAAAAGCCGGCACUGGGCUCCCGUCUCACCAAGGGAGUUAUACCACUCGCGCUGCCAUCUGGCAACCGAAGUCAGCCUGAUGCGUAAGCGGGCUCCUCUGGUAAAACGUAGCUCGAAACACUCCUCGUCUUCCCGGAUGAGCAGUCCGACUGACAUCAUGCUCGCUAUCACGCAGGCUGCAUCGUGUGAUAUCGUGCUUUAG